CAUUGGUUUACGCGCAACAGGCCACAUGAUGAACACGUGGAAUGCCGUCUCUUUAACCCACCUGAACUACGGAUGGAUUCGAUGAAAGAGUGAUGUUCCCUUUAAAGCAGCUCUCAGUGACUUUUCUCAUGGUCGGUGCGUUGUCGCCAUCUUCCGCCUGUUCUGUUACCGACCUCACCGGAGCAUCACAUCAGACCGCCGGUGGGCGAGUCUCGGGUGUGUCCGUCUGUCUGCCUGCGAAAGAGCGGCCGUGCGAGCGAGCCUGCGUUCAGGAAAGCACGCUAACCACACCGAGUGAGGAAGGAAAUAAAAUGCUGGGGAAUUGAAAGCAGCCACAUCUUCAUCAAUAAACACUUUUGUUGUUGUUGUUUAUUUUUAUUUUUUGCCUCUGGAGGACUGAAGCAUGAAGAAACAUCACAGCCCCACGAAGGGACCACUGGACGUCACCGUGCCGGACGCCGAGGCGACCAUACAACAACUCAACAAGCUGCUGUCCAACGGCAGCGGUUUCUACAGCCUCCCAGCACAACAUUUCAAUGAGGUCUUCCCCAGGAUUUACAUCGGCAAUGCGUUUGUGGCCCAGAAUGUGAUGCGUCUGCAGCGGCUGGGUGUGACACACAUACUGAAUGUCGCAGAGGGAAACUCUUUCAUGCAUGUGAACACCAACGCAGAGUUCUACACAGGAACUGGCAUCACGUACCAUGGCAUACAGGCCAAUGACACUGAGCAGUUCAACAUCAGUGACUUCUUUGAGGAAGCAGCAGACUUCAUCGAUAAGGCUCUGGCACAUGGAAAAGGAAAGGUGUACGUUCACUGCCGUGAGGGCUACAGCCGUUCGCCCACUAUCGUCAUCGCUUACCUCAUGCUCCGUCACAAGAUGGAUGUACGAGUUGCCACGGCUACAGUAAGACACAAGCGAGAGAUCGGCCCGAAUGAUGGAUUCCAGCGCCAGCUGUGCCAACUCAACGAAAAGCUGGCAAAGGAGGGCAAGUUGAAGACCAAAUGAUAGAAUGUGCUCUACCCCCACAUAUAUUUACAAAUGCAGGCACACGGUCAAACUAGUGUGCCCUAUUUCCAGUCCCAAGUGUAUUAACAGAAUGUAUGCAAACAGUACAUCCAGAGCCUAAGCAUGGAGGUAAACAAAGUGUAUUCAAACACACUUUCACAUACACACUCACAUGAGGUGUUGUCAGUAUCCUGAGAAAUUACUCCUGCUUCCAGAUGGCCGGUAAAAGGAAAUUUACUGGCAUAUCUGAAUAAUUAAGGCUGUAGAAGGAGUAGGGGCAGUAUUUUAUGUCAUUACAACUGCUUUGUUUUUGCAUCAUCCCCCAUGAUAAUUAGAUGCCGUUUUUCACUAGGUACACCUAAAUCAUUCCAGUAGCCAACUUUGUGUAUAUCUCACAAAUUCAACUUUUGGAGCUUAUUAGCCCAGCUGUCAUCUGCAAAGAUUGUAAAGUAGAGCACAAUCAUCCGUUGGGUUCCUAAUUUUCAGAAAUACUGUGAUUGCUCAUCCCUUUUCUAUUCGUAUAUGCAGGGAGAUGAUGUUUAGCUAUAAAUAUACACCUUUGAACCCAUUUACAGACCUACAGCCAGAUUUUUGAUAGCUUUCCAGCAUUUUAAAUCCGAACUUAACAGGAGAACAAAACUGUUGUGUAACAGCACACACCCCAUUCGCUCACAACAAAAUAAAUUAACAUUCCACGUUGUGCCGAACAGUAGCAUACAAUCAACAAUUUAUAUCUACAGCAAACCAACCAUAUGUUGUAGCUCGGAUUCAACAGACGCUACAAACAGGUUCAACCCGGUUCUAUGCAGCAGUGAAAAUGCAUCAGCCCCAUUAGAUCUCUUUACUCUGGAAUCACUGUCUCUAACUGCCAAGUCUCAUGCCACAUUUUGUCUACCACAAGAUCACAGUCAGCCUUGACCAGAGAGACACGUCCGGUAGAUGGAGAGCCUCUGCCAUACCAACUGCCUAAUGAUGUGCCCUUACACAAGGUUUUUUUAUCCAGAGGCCUAGUGCCCCUUCACACUGCUAGUUCAGAGACCGCAGGAAGCAUGUCAGUGACGUCUGUGGAGUAUAGAUCAGAUUUUUAAGGGUAGCUGUUGAAUAAGAUUGGGUCUACUCCGGGCUUAGCUUUGUCCUUAAGACAGAAUCACUUUAUCACUGGAACUAACACAUUUUGCUGCACUGCUGGCUUCUGUGAGGUUUUAAAGGGGUCAUAUCAUACAUAUUUUUAUCAUUUAAUUAUUUCCCCUGAGGUCCACUUAUAAUGUUAGUCCAAUUAAACAGGUCGUUUUUGCUGUUGUGCCUUUAAGACUUCUAUGUAAGCGUCCUCUUUGCAUGUGAAAGGAGUUACACUGAUUUGAGAUUCACAAAAAAUGGUCUUCAUUGAAAUGUGCGGAACCAUUAAACCAUUCAGUAACAUUAGAAAUUUCCCACAUUUUACUCUUAUCGUUAGUAAUUCAGUUUAGGAAUAAUGGUAUCUUUAUUUCUGUAUAGCUUCUUUGGGACAGGUUUGGUUACAUUGAUGUGUAUAUAUGGGUGGUCAUAUGUUAAAGUAUCCACUUUGUUGACAUCAAAAAUUUUCAGCAUUUCAGAAUGCGACCUUUUUGUAGCUUAGCUUCAGUAAAUGGUAUUUUGGGACUGGGGACUAAGUUUUGAUUUCUUAAAGUUAACUCAAACUUAGAUUGCUCAUAAUAUGACCUCUUUAAAGAAAAACCAGCAUCAUUUCGUUUGAAAUAAGUGCAUGCGGCAGUUUUGAACACAUAGCUUGUCAAAUUUAAUUGAUCUAAUAUUAAUAGCUCCUGGGCAUCUGCAUAUUUAUUACUGAGGGAAAAUAUUAUAGUACAAAUCGUAGGCUAGAGUAUAACACAAAGCACUACUUAUGCCUCUUUUUUUAAUAUUUCUAUAUUCCAGAUACAUAUACUUGUAUACACGUAUUUAGAUGUUGACAUAUAUGAAUGUAUGAACUGUCCAUAAUAUUUGUGUAUGACCAGUAUCUAUUAACAGUAGAAAUAUCUAAUAUAUUAUAGUCAAUAUCCAUGUUUUUUUUUUAAACGUCAUGAAUGCCAUGGCACACUUACCCAAAAACACCACUUUGGUUUUUUACACCCAGUUAGAAACUCCAAUAAUAUCUAGUUUUUCUUUUUCCUCUGAUGGGGAAAAUUAUUAUUUUUUCUUUAAAAAUCAUUUACUUUGUAUUAGAGGAUAAAAGUCUGUUUUCACAGGUAACACUGUUGCAGGCUACCUCACAACAAUCAUACUACUGUAGCGAAUCCCUAAUCAUUUUAGCUUAUAAUGUUUUUUUUGUCUAAGAACAUUUAAAAUGGACAAAUACCUAUAUGUACAAAAGCAUUCACACUAUAAACAUUCCUUUAUUAUAAUCUGGAGACCUAGGCUUUAUACAACCUAACCAACUGUAGCUAUGGAACCCUGUGUGCCCUCACAAAAAAAAAAAAAAAAAAAAAAAGA